AACCAUCAACAAAAGAAGAAUGACGCUUCUAUAUCUUGCUCUUAUUGUACCUUUCAUGAGUCGGGAUACGUGUGCCGUCAACUGGUGCACUCAACCGAACGACAAGCCUGUCUACUGCCCCUGGAGAGGCCGCCAGCCGUAUCCGCGGCAGUGUCCCAGGGGUGAGCAGAAAACAUGUGUUGGUGGAGAACGGGUAUGCAGCUGCGAAGACGGUUAUUACAGGCGCCAUUUACAUCAAGCAUGUGUUAAAAUAACAGAGUGUGUCUACAACAAGCAUCCAAGCCCUGAGGUAAUCUUUACCGCGAAGACCCUCUUCUUAACGAAAGCAUCCUGGAAUGUAUACCACACAAAUCUUAUGAGGUGCAUGAAAUCGUCCUAUGAUCGGGUGAGUGCAGGUGGAAUAAGCCGCACAGUGGAGUUUCAUCAGAGAACUGGAACAAUAUCAGUGCCACAGUAUGACUACAAGACAGAAGCCUCGCCAGAAUUGACGCCUGAAACAACCGAGCCCACCGACGCAACAGAAAAAGAAGGUGACAAUGAGGACAGCAUGUAUCAGUGCAUUUGGUGUCUGGCGCUCCUUCCUUCCCGAGAGCCGCAAGGGAAACCUGUGCGAGACGUGCGAGACGGUACUUCUGCACGAAUGCUGGACCAGACAAAGAUGGAACCGGCGCGUGGUCAUAUGCAGCAGCAAAUAAAUGCAAGAAACAUAUUCGGCGGACCAGAAGCAACGUACACGGACUGGAAGACAAUGAAAUAUAAAGUUCAAUUACACAUUGUCCAAAAACAGGAUGGUCGUUACUUUCUUCAACUCAGUGGUUACGGUAACACGGCUCUGGCUACAGGUGUUCAAAAAGAGUAUCUUAUUUUGUACAUGGAUAACGAUUGCAUCAUUCUUGGUAUACCUCCACGAUCUGGAGAACAGCUGACCUGUUUUCAAUGGAAAACACAAAGUCAUGUCCAAAACAGCAACUCUGAUUGUGAUUUUCUUUUGGGGUACUAUUGUAUUGGCCCGAUUCCUGUCUUAGAUGACAUAGAACAAUGCAUAUAACUACAUGGUGAUGCAAUAAAUGGGAGAAAGCUUUUGU